UCGAUGGCUACUGGUUUUCCCGUAGCUACUUGAGUGUGAUGGCACUCUUGAUGAGGCUCUUGGGUGUUGGGUGGGUGUUGUACUUGCUCCCAAUAGCAUCGGGCCACAACCAAAGCCAAACUCAAAAGCAAACCACGAACAGAGAACCAAAAAUAAUACACCAUACCGGUAUCUCUCCAACAGAAGCAAACAAUGUGGAGGAGCUUUCAAACCGUUGCCCUCCAAAACGAACGAGGGGUAGCAUUGCUGGAAUCACAACUGUACUUUGAGGCCUUGACUGAGUUCGUAGAAGCUUACACAAACGCUUCGUGUUUGCGACAGCAAGCACUCUCUGAAGCAGCCAAUCCCUUUGACUUGUUAGGAAGCAAUGACGGAGAUCGCCCGCAGCGGCUCUUCUCCCUGGCGAGCCAAGAUAUGGAAGAAGACGAGGAGGUGCAAACGGGGAGUUCGGCAACACAAUCGGUGGAUCAGCAUUACAUAUACCCAAGCGGAGUUACCUUCUGGGUCGACCAUGAUGUUCAGGAUGCUUCGCAAUCGCCGAUAUGCGGGUAUGGAUUUCUGAACAACAUCACCCUGCUCAUGGCUACAUGUCUCUACAACAUGUCCUUGUGUUUCCACCUCCGAAGUCGAUUUGUGUUGGGUACAGUGAGGCAGACCUGUCAACGCUUUGCUGUAGAUCUCUACGACCGCGCCAUUGAAACGGUCGGCGACCCGUUGUAUGCUUUUGAAACGAUUGCCAAAGGAGAUGCCAACUGUCUCCUGGUCAUCCUCUUGAACAACAAGGCGGUGAUUUGCUUUGAACUGGAGGACUAUACCAAUUGCCAGAUUGUCCGAUCCCUCCUCGUGUUGUGCUUGAAUAAGCUGGGGUGCGGAGAUGGUGGUAUCAUCAGUGCUGACAAGUUGCCGCACCAAGCCUUUCUCGAGACGGAUGACCUCACAAACAUGUAUCGAAUAGCGUUCUUGUUGGAGCCGCCUUUGAUAGCGGGGGCAGCAUAGGUUUUGAUGGUAUGUACAUACAUGUCACUACUUGUAGAUCACUCUCUACCGGUAAAACUCUAUAGUUCUUGCUUUUGUAUG